AUGCUUGAUCAGGAUCUAGAGAUCCAGCUCAAGGCUGCGCGGCUGGCUGCAGAGGAGGAUAGGGAGCAGAGCCUACAGCUGCGGCGCCACCUGGGCCGCUCACAGAAGAGCAUCACGUCUCUUCAGCAAAUGGUGUGCGAUGCCACGCAGCAGCUCCAGGGCGAGUCCACGCUGCUGCAAAUCGCCCGCUUUGCCCUGAAGAGGACCCAGACGGAGGCCCUGCGCUUGCACAGGGUUGCAGACACAGCCAAGGAGUUGGAAGAGGCCGUGCGCAAUCGGCAAGUGGCUGCAGGGCUGCAGCUGCAGCAUGCACAAGCCAGAACGCACCAGGCUCAGAUCCAGAAGGCUGCUGAGACGGUCAAGAAUCUGGAGCAGGAGGUCCUGUCGGAGUCUGCUGAGGCAGAGGCUGUGCUGUUAGAGCUAGAAAGGGUGGCGGGGGCGUACCGCCAGGCUCACCAGGAGCACCAGGACCUGCUGCAAGCCGUGGAGGUUGCCCGCGCCGGGCUGAAAGAGGCUGAUGCCUCGCUGGAGGCCCGGCACGCCGAGGUGGCACGCUCUAGAAAGGACGAACAGGGCGGCAGGGCGGCGGCCGCCGCUGCGCAGGCGAGGCUGGACGGCUUGAGGCAGGAAGCAGCUGCCAGGGAGCAUCAGAUCGCCGCUGCAGAGGCCCAGCGGGCUCAGCGGGCUCAGGAACUGCAUGCAGCUCAGCAGGCGGAGCAGGACGCUCAGCAGAGGGUGGAGGACCUUCGGCUCCAGCUCUCCAGGGCCAGGCAAGAGGUUGCUGGGCGGGAGGAAACACUCGCCAGUGCCAGGGCGUCGCUGGAAGCUCUGCAGCACGUCGCCCAGGCGUCGCAGGCGACAGAGAGGACAGAUGCCGCCUGCUUAGUAGGAAAAGGAGGCGAGGAGGAGCAGGGCACAGGGGCACUGCUGGACCUGGAAACAGCCAGGGACGCCGCAGCAUUCGAGCUUGCAGGCCUGGAGCGGGAGAGGACAAAGGCGAGAGACAGGGCUGCUGCUGCGGUGGCUGCGCUGAAGGAAGCCGAGCGGAACCUGGGGGUGCUUGCCACGCAGGUCCAGCAGGCAGCGGGGGCCCUAGCAGCCACUCAGGGCCAGAAUUCUGCGUUGGAGAAGGAGGUUUUCAUGGAGCAGGAUGUGCUGUAUGGCUGUGAGAUGCAGCGGCAUAGGCUGGAGCAGGAAGUUGGUCAGCUGACGAGAGGUAUCAAGACCGAGGAGGAGGAUCUCGUGAAGGCAGUGGCAGCUGCGCGGCAGAUGGCGGAGCAGAUUGUCGAGGACAAGGCAGCCCUGCUCAAACUGCUGGACGAGGUCAAGGAACUACGCCGGGAAAACGCGGCUGCAGAGCAGGCGGCUGAGGCUGCAGAGGCGGCAUGCAUGGAGGCCGAGGUUGAGGUGGAAGCGGCACGAGCUGAGCUGGAGCGACUGCAUGCCGCCCAGGUCACUGCCAGGAGCUCCCUGGUGGACCAGCUCGCCAAGGCCGCCAGGGCGCACGGCGCCCUGGCGCGGACCCAUGCGCCCACGGCGGCCCGCUGUGCGCAGCUUCCCGCCGCCGCCUGGUGUAGGGCAGCGGGGGCAGACCUCCGCCUGCCUGCCAGGGUCGAGUCGCUGCGGCCCCUGGCCCAGUGGCUGGACGUGGCAGGCGUCCCUGUCCAGCUUGCCAUGCUGUCCAUGCUGCAGCGGGCGGCGGUGGACGCCCUCCUGGCCGCCGACGAGGCCUGCCCGGGGGCGGGGGUGGCACAGGCGCUGAGGGAAGCAGCCCCCUGGGCCAUCCGCGGCUCGGCCGCGCAGCGCAGCGGGCGCCUGCGGCGGCGCAGUAGCGUCUCGCAGGGCAUGGACUCGGCGCGGAGCUGCUGCAGCGCCAGCGGGCAGAUCCUGCUGCGAGUGCAAAGCGUGGCGCUGGGGGCCAGGGCCCACGAUGCCGGCGCAGGCCACCUCCCCAAGAUAUCCCCGAGGGUGACCUCGAGUGCCAAUGGGAAGCUGACCGUGGUGUCUACAGGUGCCAGGUGGGAGAAUGAAGUCGGCUACUCCCGGGCUGUGAAGCGUGGAAACUUCAUCGCCGUCUCAGGCACGUCGUCGGUGGAGCAGAGCACUGGCAACGUGCUGCACAAGCGCGACCCAUAUGCCCAGGCCAGGACGGCGCUGGAGAUCGUGGCGCAUGGCCUGGAGGCCCUCGGCGCCACCUUGGAGGACGUGAUUCGCACGCGUGUCUACCUUCGCAACAUGGGCCGGGACUCCGCGGCGGUCAGCCGGGCGCAUGGCGAGGUCUUCGGCGCCAUCCGCCCCGCCAGCUCCAUGAUAGAGGUGCAACGCCUAGUGCAUGAUGACAUCCUGGUGCUCAUCGAGGUGGAUGCCAUCGUGUCCUGA